AUGCAGAAUUGCAACCGCGAGGAUAUCAUCGACACGAAAAACGCGAUGACGACAUCGCGUUACCUGCACCCGCACUUUGGGUGUUUCGAUUUCUCGUUUGAAGGCGGCUGGCAAGGUCGCUAUCCAGGUACAGGUCCUUGCUAUAGUGACCGCACAGAGCCUAUGCAGCGUGCCUUGAUGUCUAAAGGUCCUGCCUUCCAGUCAUUCGAACUUGUUGUCGCACAAGAUGAGUUCAUUCUGCUUAACGAAGAGAAGGCUAUUGCUCGUGAGAGUAAUAUCUUCUUGGACUACGAGUUUGACCACGAAUCCCAAAACCUGCCACGGCAUCGUGAUGGUCUCUCUACUAUAUGCCGUGCGUAUAGUAAGACUCCAGGCCGCGAGUUCCUCAUACCACUACGUGAAACAGCACCGAUCCGUGGUGAGCUUGAUGGAAGCUGA